AUGAUGUAUUAGAGUUUAGUCAAAGAUUGCCAAAAAAAUCCUGAGUCCACAAAACUGUAUUUGUUGGCUAAUAUAUAAUCAAAUUUAAAUAUCUAAUAAAUGAACAGGAACUUUCCGAGCCAAGUUGCUGAUUCCAAUAUUUUAGUUGGAGGCAAUCAAGAUUUAUUAUAACAGUUUUAAGUACCUCAACAGACAAUAUCUAAGUUCUCUAGAAGGUCAACUGAUUUCAAUUUCAAGACAAAGACAGAAGAAAUUGAAUUCUUAAAGUUGAAAGUAGAUGAACUGGAAUAGCAGGUUAAGUAAGUUUUUUUUGGAGUCUAACUUGAAAUAGAUUAAGUUGAUAAUCAAGAUAAGUAUUCACCAUAGAUAUCUGAUAAUACGCACAUAACAAUAGAUGAAUACAUAAAUGCAUUGAGAAAUCAAUUUGAUUCAUUGCUCACUGAUACCAAGACAAGAUUAAAGGAGACUGAAUAUAAUAUUCGUGACAACCACAGUGAAAUGUUCAAAUUCUCAGAAAACAAUCACUCUUCAUAUCUAGAGCAACCCGUAGAUAAGAGUGAGUAAUAUGAUAGGCGAUCAAACGAGGAAGGAACUGCAUUGUUCCCGCAAACUUAAUUAGGAAGAAGAACAUAUUCAGAUCAUGGUAAUUUGUAAAAUUUGAGUGCUACUAAAAUGGUAAAACUUGGAAUCUGGGAAGAAAAAUAGUUAUUUCUGUUGCAUGUAGCAGAAUACGAAAAGACUUAUAGAGGUGAACAUUACCGUCCUAAAAAUGGCAAAGGACUUACUUUAACUUAUGAAUAGUGGAGAAAGUUUUAUUAAAAUGUUGAUUUCAUUAAUUAAGAUGUGCAAUAACUAGCUGCACAGUUAAACUGA